CUGGGACAAGGAAGAUGUCCCUAGGGUGGGGUGCUGGGGCAAGAGGACAUCCCUGGGGCAGGAGGAUGUCCCCGGGGCAGGAUCCAGAUCUGCUGGCCCCUGAGCCAGGGCUGACUCAGCUCUGCCCCACAACAUCACGUGAAGCCGGGAGGGAGCCGCUGCUGCAUCCCCCCUCCCUGUCUCCUUUUUCUCUCCAACCCUGUACGAACCCAGGCGACUGCCAAAAUUUUCCAGCUGCCUCUUAACUUCCUCAAUCCAGCGCCAUAAAAGAGCUGCAGACGCGGCACCCGCAUCCCCUGGUCCCAGGCUGCACCGUCCUCCCACUGACAGCACGAUGCUGGGGAUGUGGUGGCCCACACUGCUGUCCCUGCUGGUCCCCGCAGUGGUGGCCCAGUUGCACCCUGAGCGAGAGCUGGACACCCAGUGGGACCUAUGGAAGAAAACCUAUCGCAAGCAGUACAACGGUGAGGCGGAUGAGGUGGCGCGGAGGCUGAUCUGGGAGAAGAACCUCAAGUAUAUCAACACCCAUAACCUGGAGCAUGCGCUGGGCGUCCACACCUUCGAGCUGGCCAUGAACCACCUGGGCGACAUGACCAGCGAGGAGGUGGUGAGGACGAUGACAGGCUUGAAGGUGCCCCGUGGCCACCCACAUCGCAACAAGACACUCUACGUCCCUGACUGGACCGAGAGAGCCCCGGCUUCCGUGGACUGGAGGAGGAAAGGCUACGUGACACCUGUCAAGAACCAGGGCCAGUGCGGCUCGUGCUGGGCUUUCAGCUCAGUGGGUGCGCUGGAGGGGCAGCUGAAGCGGAAGACGGGGAAGCUGCUCUCCCUCAGCCCCCAAAACCUGGUGGAUUGCGUGGCCAACAACGACGGUUGUGGUGGCGGCUACAUGACCAAUGCCUUUGAGUACGUCCGGCAGAACCACGGCAUCGACUCGGAGGAUGCCUACCCUUACAUCGGCCAGGAUGAGAGCUGCAUGUAUAGCCCCACUGGGAAGGCAGCCAAGUGCCGUGGCUACCGGGAAAUCCCUGAAGGGAACGAGAAGGCUUUGAAGAGGGCCGUGGCCAGAAUUGGACCCAUCUCUGUGGGCAUCGAUGCCAGCCUGCCCUCCUUCCAGUUCUACAGCCGCGGUGUGUACUACGAUGAGAGCUGCAAUGCCGAAAACAUCAACCAUGCAGUGCUGGCGGUGGGCUAUGGCACACAGAAGGGCACCAAGCACUGGAUCAUCAAGAACAGCUGGGGUGAGGAGUGGGGCAACAAGGGCUAUGUCCUCCUGGCACGCAACAUGAACAACGCCUGCGGCAUUGCCAACCUUGCCAGCUUCCCCAAGAUGUGAGCGCUCCCAGCACAUUCCCUUCCUGUGCCGCAUCCAGCCGCCUUCCCUGCUUCCCUGUGUUCAAACUUGGCCUUUUCACUCCCAGUCUCUGAAGCUGAUGUCACUCCAGGGGGGAUCUCUGCCUCUCCAUGAGAAAUCUCCCUCAGGAGAGGGGUGAGA